AUCGACGUAGCCAUCGUCGGGGGAGGGAUCGGUGGACUUGCCCUAGCCAUUGGGUUACAGCAGCAUGGCCAUAUCCGAACCGAUAUCUACGAGGCUGCUUCAAAGUUCUCCGAGAUUGGUGCUGGAGUGUUUUUUGGCGCCAAUGCCAUUCGAGCAAUGAGCCUGAUUCAUCCCAGCGUCGGCGAGGCUUACGCCAGAAUCUCGACAACCGCAGGUUGGGAAUCAAAGGAGGAUACAUACUUCGACUUCAUCCUUGCCCACGAGCUGCAUGGCCUGCCUACUGGGACCCCCAUCAUAUCCCCCAAGCUCUCAGCGACGGAGCGGCAUAGCACGGCUCAUCGUGCGCAUUUUGUUGAUGAGCUCGUUAAACUGAUUCCCAAAAACAUGGCACACUUUGGCAAGAGACUGAUUGAUGUUUCUCGGGAUGAGGCUAGAGGGAGAACGGUCAUGGUGUUUGCCGAUGGCACCACUGCUGAGGCUGAUGCGAUCAUUGGAUGCGACGGGAUUAAGUCGAUAUGUAGGGAAUUCGUGCUAGGCAAAGAUGACCCCAGAUCGCAGCCAGUCUUUACAGGAAAGCAUGCUUACCGGGGGUUGAUACCCAUGGAUAAAGCCAUUGCGGCAAUAGGAGAAGAGAAGGCCCAAAAUCGUUACAUGUUCAUUGGGAAAGGCGGCCAUGUGCUGACCUUCCCCGUUGCGAAUGGCAAAGUGAUGAAUAUUGUCGCCUUUAGCACGACGAAGAGCGGUGUGUGGGAAGGAGAAUGGAUAAAGCGAAUGGAGCGGGAGGACUUGGAAGCCGACUUCGAGGGCUUUGGGGAAGAGUGCCAGAAGAUAUUUUCGUUGAUGGAGAGCACCGACCACUGGGGAAUCUUUGACCUGUCCCCCAGUAUUCCAACAUAUCAGUCCAGAGAUCUCCGCCUUGUCCUUCUUGGUGACAGUGCGCAUGCCUGUGCUCCUCAUCAAGGGGCCGGUGCAGGUCAAGCGCUGGAAGAUGCGCAUAUCCUCUCCCACGCCCUUGGCGAGUGCCGUUCUCCGUCCGACCUCCUAGCUGCGUUCGACGCAUAUGAGGCGGUCCGUAUGCCGCGUGCGAGGUUUGUGCAAUACCAUGGACGACGACAAGGAGAAUUGCUGGACCUACAAAGGCCUGACGUGGGGGAUGAUCUGGAGAAACUCAAAGCAGUCAUUGACGUUCCUAUCCGAGAGAUCUGGAACUGUGAUCUGAGUGCCGAGUUGGACAAGGCGCUAGCCAUGAUG